AUGUGGAGCGGAAAGAAGAAAAAGGGUUCGGCGGAAGAGUUCUUCAAGGAGGAGGAGCUCGAUCUGGAGCUCAGCGGCGGGCGUAAGAAGGACAAGGAGAAGGAGGAGAAGGAGAAGCGUAAGAAGGAGAAGGAGGACAAGAAGAAGACGCGAGACGACGAGGCCAAGGACAGCACCGGCGGCGGCGGCGGCGUGGGCCUCUUCCAGCGCAAGCACAAGAAGAGCGUCGGCAGCUCCGACAUCGACCACCUGCGCAAGGAGAAGGAGAAAGAGAAGGAGAAAGAGAAGGAGAAGGAAAAGGAGAAGGAAAAGGAGAAGGAGAAGAGCGGGCGGGUGUUCCACAGGCGGAACAAGUCGUCGUCGUCGACGUCGGGCGAUCCGUCGGCGGCCGCGGUGGUGGCCAGUGCGGCCUCGCGGCUGAACGUGCUCGGCGGGUCCAACCCGGAUCGCGACCCCACGCGGCUGGGGAUCAAGCGCGAGACCUUCUCGCCGCCCGGCACGCUCAACCUCAACUCGGGCCUCCUCUCUUCGUACCCGCCGCCCACCUCCUCCCCGCGCGCCGCCAACUCGCCGCGCAAUCCUCUCGGCGGCACCGCGGCAGGUCCGAUGGCUUCCCUGCCCCAACUGGCGGACGUGUCCCACAAGCGGAAGAAUUCAGUGGACGAAGUCUCACCGCGCUUCGAAGGCGACAUGAAGCAGCCCAUUCCCAUCUCCGAACUGCUGAAGCGAUCCCCGAUCACUUCGCCGCGAUCGCCAGUCUUGGGGCGGGAGCUGACGGAGCAGCAGAGGCAGAUCUUGGCUCAGGCCAAGAAGAAGCUGCAGCUCGAGCUGGUGCGGGACAACCUCGGGCUGGCGGACCGGCCCAUGCAGCCGAGCAGCAGCAGCGAAGACCUCAAGAGAGAGAUUCGCACCGUGCUCGACGAGUGGGACGACGACCAGGAGGUCGACAGGGAACGAAGCUUGAGAGACAAGCAAGAGAGCGAGGAGUGGGACCGUGAGCGCCGCGCGAAGUUGACCCACCUGUCCCGAACGUCGCACCCCACGAGUGCCCUGGGCCAGUACCUCCUCACCCGGUGGAAGGGCCAGUCGCCGCAGCAAGCCCAAAGCUCGCCCUGA